AUGACGCCUACCAACAGGCUCAAACGACCCAUCAGAUUAGUCCUCGACUACGAUGGCACGCUCACUGUCAAAGACACAAUGGCGAUAUAUGGCACGCUACCAAAGAACAACCACUCCCCCAAAUUGACCUGGGAGGAUAUCGUCAAUGCAUACAUGAAAGACUACGAGUCAUACCAAAAGCAACACUUUCCCUGGCACAACUACGAUAGAACAGAGUACAGCUCCUGGCUAGCAUCUCGAAAGCAGAUCGAACAUCAAAGCGCCAAGCGCGUGCAGGAUGCUGGGUUCUUUCAAGGCGUCAGGCGAAAAGAUGUCGAGGACGCAGUAGAUCGAGCCUUUGAGACUGGCGAGCUGGAGCCCCGAGCAGGCUGGACAGACCUUCUCGAAGCAUGUUAUCAUCAGUCUGGCAGUACCGUAGAAAUCCUCAGCGUAAACUGGAGCGAGACAGCGAUCCGUCGCUCACUCCAAGUCGGCGCUUCCCGUCGCCUGGAAUCAAAUGUUUUGAACGCAAUGCCUAUUCAUGCCAACGAGAUAGAGGGCCUCGAUAGCCUGGAGGGCAGUUCGGGGCAAGUCAUUAGAUCCGAUGGCACAGACAUUCGUACGAGUGACGAUAAGCUUCGACGUAUGAAGGCCUGUGGUAACAACGGUGGUCAAUUCACUGUCUAUAUUGGUGAUUCGUCAACAGACUUUGACUGUCUUUGCGAAGCAGAUAUUGGAAUUUGGUUAUUUGACGUGCCCGAGGAGGCAUACGAAGGGGCGAGCAAGAAAGUGUUCUCGCCACUAGAGUACGUGCCGCCUCGGCUGAGUACACUGAAAGAUGUGGCAGGUGAGAAGGCCAUGUUUUACUGGGCGCCAGAUUUCAAAACUGUACUGGAGGUUCUGUCGACUAGUGGGUCAUGA